AUGAGUAGAAAUCAAUUCCGUGUUAUCGUUGGGUCUUACGAGCACAAUCUGCUGUGCUUAUCGCUAGAUCUAUCGUUAAAUACCCCCGCUUUCACUCCCAUUUUCCAUUUUCAAGCGCACUCUCUUAGUGUGAAAUGUCUUGACGUUUCGAAACGGUACCUUGUAUCUGGAUCUAACGACGAACACAUUAGAAUUUAUGACCUGCAGAAGAGAAAGGAGCUUGGGACUCUACUUGCGCACCAAGGAUCUAUCACAGCUUUAAGAUUCUCUAAAAGUGAGACUACCAUCGGUGAUGCGGAACAGGAUGUGGAUCGGCCAAAGACGAAGAAAAGUGGGGACAAAUGGCUUCUUUCGGCGUCAGAAGAUAAUAAUAUAGUCAUCUGGAGAACUAAAGAUUGGGAAAACUUUGGAUUACUCAAGGGACACACUGCUAGAAUUAACGAUUUUGACAUCCAUCCAUCAAAUAGAAUCGCUAUUAGUGUAGGCAAUGACCAUGCAAUCAGACUUUGGAAUCUCAUGACAGUGAAAAAGGCUGGAGUUUUGAAACUGAAAAACUACAAUCAGAACGGCCAGCAUGUGAGGUGGUGCGGUCAAAGUGGCGAAUUUUUCGUUGUCGCUUUGCUGAAUCGUAUCUUGCUGUACAAGACAUCGACGGCAAAGGUUUCACGCGAACUGAAUAUGGGCAAGCUAACCAUCAUGCACAUUGAAGUCGAAAAGCUCGAUGACAAAGAAUACCUGUGUAUUGGUUUGAGCGAUGGGUCGGUAUGCUUUUUCCCAAUGGAACCUUUAUACGCGGAGGUGCAAGAUGAUGAGCCUGAGUUCAAGCCUGAAUUCAAGCUUCAUGGGCAUGGCAAUAGAGUCAAGGACUUUAGAUUUCAUAAGAAUAGCUUUGGUCAAUAUUUGGUCACGAUUGGUUCCGACGGGAAGGUUGUUGUGUGGGAUGUGAAAACAAAGGACCAAGUUGCUGUGUAUGACUGUGGCGAGAGGUUAAACUGUGUCGCGAUUUGCGAAGAAAGCAUCGAAAAAUAUGACAGCAUGCGGAAAAGAGACUCAGAAACUGCAGAGAUAGGUGAACAGAGCGAAGCUGAAGAAGAUCCUGCUGCCUUGAAGGAGAUUCUUCUUGGGAAAGCCGGUAGGAAGAAGAAGGCAAAGCAUUCACGAAAAGUUGAAGUCCAAUUAGAGUAA